AUGUCGUCGCAAAUGGGUGUGGCGGAAUGCCUCACGCAGCUUCCUGCGGACGCGCUGGGAAAGCCGGUGUUGCAAACACAUAGCCGGAUGUGGGUGGACGAUAUCCAGGCCGAAUGCAAGAUCUUGGCCUAUAGCACUCCAGAUCCCAAGGUGGAGAUCAUCGCAGUGGUGAAAGGGGAUAUCGCUGGUCAGGAGGGGGUGCCCGCCCGGGUGCACUCCGAGUGCUUCACCGGAGACGUCUUAGCAUCGAAACGUUGUGAUUGUGGUCAGCAGCUGCACAAGUUCAUGCGCGUGAUGAACGACGUGCCUUUCGCGGUCUUGCUGUACGUCAAGGGGCAAGAAGGGCGCGGCAUCGGUCUCACGGCAAAGAUCCGUGCAUAUCAGCUGCAGGACGAGGGUCAUGACACCGUGGAUGCGAACUUGAAGCUGGGCCUGCCGGUGGACAUCCGGACCUAUGGAGACACGCUCUUCGUCUUGCGCGACCUAGGGAUCAAGUCGGUCCGCCUCUACACCAAUAACCCCGACAAGAUGUCGGCGCUCCAAUCCAUCACCCAAGAGGUGGUGGCCAUGCCCUCCGUGGUCAACGAGCGCAACAUCGGGUACUUAAAGACCAAGAAAGACAGGCUGAAUCAUCGGACGGUGCUGGAAACCUUCAAACUCCCGGAGCUCAGUUUGCCCCCUUCGCAACUUCGAAUAGGCAUCGUCUAUGCGAUGUGGAAUCAGUACUUCGUGGACGAGCUGCGGAGUGCCGCAGAAGCUGAGCUCGAGCGAUGCCGGGUGGAGGUGUUGAAGAUGGCCGUGCCUGGCGCGUUGGAGCUUGUCUCUGGCGCUCGGAUCACCCUUAGACAUCACAAGCCUGAUGCAAUCAUUGUCAUCGGCGUGUUGAUUAAAGGCUCCAGCGACCUGUACGAUCGAUCCUGUAACGCUGUCAUGACAGGGCUUACCGAGCUGAAUGCCAUCCAGGAUACGCCCAUCAUCUUGGGCUUGCUCAUGUGCCAGAACGAGGACCGGGCGUCACCUUCGUCCGGUGCCACGACCGACGAAGCACGCGGUGCUUUCGGCAGUCACGGCGGACGAGGUGACCAGUGGGCACCCCUGGUGGGCUGGUCCAACUUGUUGACUGUGCUGGUGAUCCUCACCAUGAGCUUGCUCCAGGUGCUGAAACGGGAGGUGGCACCACUCUGUACCUUAGGCGUGAUCUUGGCCAACUUCAUCACCAAGGGCCUGAAGAUCUUGGUGAAAUGCCUCGACUCCACUGGCACGCUCUGGCGCCGUCCCAGCAACUCUCGUCGUGCUCCAGAGGAUCCCGGGUUUCCAAGCAGUCACACCUCCAUCAUGACCUUCAUUUCAGUGUAUUUUGCUUUGUAUCUCUGGCUACAUUUGGGCUAUCCCUUCUUUCGCGCCGCUCUGGUGGCAGUCCUUCCAUCUGGCUUCAUGGCAGCAGCACGGAUCCGGGAUCAGGAUCACACGCUGCAGCAGACCAUCGGAGGAGUUCUUUGGGGGACCUGUAUGGGCCUGUGGUGGGCCCUGAUUGGUCCAAGACUUCGUGGGAUCCUCGAGUGGGCAGAGCCACAGCCGUGGGCGCUCGUGGUCCUUUGCUUUGCGGUGGCUCCGAACCAAAGACCGGUGAGACUCGGAGACUUCGCAGGGAGAGGACCAACGGUUGAUCCGGUUCAUGGUCCAGAUUCCCCAUCAUGA